AUGGCCCGCCCGAGCGAGACCGAGGUCGCGGAGAACGCCGCGGACGACGCCGCGGUCGCGGAGGAAACGCUCACGGGGUUCCGGAAGUUCCUCAAGAAGCUCAGCGCGUGCUUCUGGGAGCUCGAGGAGCACCUCGCGGAUCUCUUCGGGCUGAACGACUCCAAGUACCAGACGUACGUGGACGAAUAUUUCGACGAGAUAAAACGGAAGGAAGACAGGGAGGCGUUCGAGCGGUGGGAGGAGGCAGAGAGGCAGAAGGAGCUGGACGCGAAGCUCGCGGAGGAGCAGGCGAAGCUCGAGGGCGGGGAAGGCGAAGACGUCGGUCUGACGUCCGCGGCGGCGAAAGCCGCGGAGCUGUGA